AUGGGAACAAAUGGUGAAUCGGGUGUUGAUGAAAACUUGUAUAGCCGUCAAAUCUAUGUCGUCGGCACAGAUGGUAUGAAGAAAAUGGCUCAUACCAAAAUUCUUAUUACGGGCAUGAGUGGAUUGGGCCUGGAGAUUGCCAAGAAUCUUGUGCUUGGUGGUGUUGGGUCUAUCGAUUUACAUGAUCCUGAGGACAUCACAUCUUCGGAAUUAUCAUCAAACUACUAUGCAUCGCCUCAGGAUGUUGGCAAAAACCGCUGUGAAGUGGUUCGUGCUAAACUGGCCGAGCUCAACAAUUACGUCACACUCAACGUCGUAGAAGACAAAGAACUUACCACUAAUAUUUUGCGCAACUACCAUGUUGUGGUUUUUGCAAGAGGCAAUAUGCAUCAGUGGAAGAAUUUAAGCAGAAUCUGUCACGAACUGAAGAUCAAGAUUGUCUGCACUAGAACCUGUGGUCUUUUUGGCCAAGUGUUCUGCGAUUUUGGAAAGGAUUUCAUCGUUACUGAUACUACUGGUGAACAACCAGUCUCAGUUUUUAUUCAAUCUAUCGAAAAGAGCACUGAGGGUAUUGUACUGAGCGUUGAAGAUUCCAACCAUGGACUGCAUGAUGGAGAUUAUGUUACUUUUUCUGAGGUCAAAGGAAUGACAGAGCUGAACAACUGUGAGCCUCGAAUGAUCAAAGUAAUUGGCCCUUCUGCAUUCUCCAUCGGAGAUACUUCGAAUCUCACUCCUUAUACAGGUGGAGGUUUGUGCACUCAGGUGAAAAUGCCAGAAAAGAUUGAUUUCCUUGAAAUGUCAGAAGCUUGCAGCAAUCCCUCUUUCCUCACUAGUGAUUUUGCUAAAUUGGAAACUCCGUCCCAACUGCAUCUCUUCUUUGAAGCCCUCUCCGUAUUUGAGAUGAAUCAAAAUCGCCUUCCUUUGCCAUGGAACGAAGAGGAUGCAGAAACUUUUCUUGAAUUCUGCAAGUCUGUUAACAGUGAUUGGGCUGAAACUCAAGCUCAUGUUGAAGAGAUUAAUGAAGAGUUAGCCAAGAUUUUUUCCUUCAUUUGUGCUGGCAACUGCUGUGCUAUUCAGUCCAUUUUCGGUGGCAUUGUUGCCCAAGAAGUGAUGAAAGCUUCCACAGGCCAUUUCAGACCAAUUAUCCAGUGGUUCUACUUUGAUGCUAUUGAAUGCUUGCCGGAACCUUGGUGUAAAUGCAAGUCUGGGACCGUUUUAUCUAAGGAUAACCUUAUUACUGAUGAUUUCCGUUAUGAGGGCCAAUGUAAGAUCUUCGGAAAGGAGUUCCAGGAUAAACUUGGAGACCUCAAUUACUUCGUGGUUGGGGCAGGAGCUAUUGGUUGCGAGCAUCUGAAAAACUUUGCCAUGAUGGGUAUCUCCUGUCGUAAUGGCAAACUCUUUGUCACUGAUAUGGAUAUUAUCGAGAAAUCCAAUCUUAAUCGUCAAUUCCUUUUCCGUCCUUGGGAUAUCGGAAAGUGCAAAUCAAGUACUGCAGCCUCCGUUGUUAAGACCAUCAACCCCCAACUCAACAUUGUUUCGCACGAGAAUAAGGUUUGUCCUGAGACGGAGGAUGUUUAUGAUGACGCUUUCUUUGAAGCCUUGGACGGUGUUGCUAAUGCUUUAGACAAUGUUGAAGCCAGAACGUACAUCGAUCGUCGUUGUGUCUAUUACCACAAGCCCCUCUUGGAGUCUGGAACCCUAGGAACCAAGGGUAACGUCCAAGUGGUCAUACCACAUCUGACGGAGUCCUAUUCAUCUUCUCAGGAUCCUCCAGAGAAGUCAGUUCCAAUGUGCACUUUAAAGCAUUUUCCCUAUCAAAUUGAGCACACUAUUCAAUGGGCUAGAGAUAAGUUUGAAGGUCUCUUCGUUCAAGAAUCGAAUGCUCUCAGCGCAUACCUGAAAAAUCCUAGUGAUUACCUCACCAAGGUUACCACUAUGGGAAACCAGGCUGCUGAAGUUCUUGAGCCCCUCAAAAAGAACCUCACUUCCGAUUGUUCCAGAAGCUUCGAUGAGUGUAUCUCAUGGGCUCGCAAUCUCUGGCAAGUGCUGUACUCCAACUCUAUUCGUCAACUUCUUUUCAAUUUCCCUCCUGAUCACAAGACUACCACUGGUGCUCAAUUUUGGUCGGGCACGAAACGAUGUCCGAAACCCCUCGUUUUUGACGUCAAUGAUCCAACUCAUCUGGACUUUAUUGUUUCGGCUGCGAACUUGCGUGCUUUUAUGUUUGGUAUUCCAGAAUGUCGUGAUACGUCGUUGAUUGCAAAGAAGGCUGCUACGGUUAAUGUCCCAGAGUUCAUUCCCCGAAGCGGUGUCAAUAUUGAAGUUAAUGAUUCUGAGAUGAUUGCUAGACCACGCAAUGCUGGAAAGGAAUUUGAGGUCGAAGAGUUGAAGAAGUCUCUGCCGAAAUGUGGUAUGCGUUUUGACUGCGUUUCAUCUUGUGAAAUUUUAAUAUUUCUAUUACUCAAGAAUUCACAAGUGAUUGAAUUCGAAAAGGAUGAUGAUACCAACUUCCACAUGGACUUCAUUACUGCUGCAAGCAAUCUCCGUGCAGAAACUUAUUCCAUUCCUCCAGCUGAUCGCUUGAGAACUAAAUUAAUUGCUGGAAAGAUCAUACCCGCCAUUGCGACAACAACCAGCAUUGUUUCUGGUCUUGUCGCUCUUGAGCUCAUUAAGCUUGCACAGGGUCAUAAGAAUUUGGAGUUGUACAAGAACACCUUCUUUAAUCUCUCGCUACCUUUCUUCGGUUCCUCUGAACCAAUCCCUCCCAAGUCCUGGCAAUACUACGAGAAAACGUUCACAAUUUGGGAUCGCUUUGAAGUCUCUGGUGGCAAGACCCUUCAACAGUUCUUGGAUCAUUUCAAAGAUGAGCACAAACUGUUAAUCACUAUGCUCUCACAGGAUGUCUCAAUGCUCUACUCUUUCUUUAUGCCCGCUAACAAGCGCACUGAGCGUCUCUCUAUGAUGAUGCCGCGUUUAGUGGAGAACGUAAGUAAGAAGACUAUUCCACCUCAUGUCAAGUCUUUGGUAUUCGAGCUCUGUGCUACUGAUCUGGAUGGUGAAGACUUAGAGGUUCCCUAUGUGCGUUAUGUUCUAGACGGUACCAGAAACUAA